AUGAAUGCAUUACCAAGUUUGAAGCAGCUUAUUGCUAGUAAUGGAAUUUCCCCACCCAAGAUGAAACAGUUUGGUAUAAUACAGGAGAGAAUUAACAAUUUCGUAGAUGUUGCACAAAUGCCGAAUGCCACUACUUAUGCGAAUGUUCCCAAUUUGGUUGCAAAAGAUGGCACCGUCUACAAGUUGGACCAAGGAGGGUUUGCCGAUCACGACUCAGCUCCAGACUUGUUGACUUCUCAUCCAGGGUCCGAAGCUUCGCAAUUUUCUGAGAUUGUUGAGUCGACACUACAAACAUCACAAGAAAUGAUGAUGUCAUCUGAGAUUUAA